AAUAUCGCACUGACCAUUUGUCCUUGAUUCCUCUCCACGUUUUGGAUUCAAACGCGAAGAUUGACUGACCAAGAAAUGAACCAAAGGCUGCUUCGACCUUCUCUAUCUGUGGUUAACCCUGCAGCCACCUCAAGUGACCAGCCAUCUAAUGCAUCCAGAGAUGAUACUAAUCCUACUGUGGCCCUGAGCUGUGGACAUGGCAGCUUGAAUGGAAAUGGACUAGAGCAAAAAAUUGUCUUGCAAGAUUUGGAGCCCUUGGAGCUCCAGUCUCUGCAUGAACUUGUUUCUUUAGUCCAUGACCAUUUCAACCAAAAACGACCUAUGGUUUGCAGCUCUACUAACACUCACAAAGUUGAAACCAACAGCCAAGGGGCUAUCAGAAAGGAUGAGUGCUCUAACUUUCUAGAAGAUAAAGUUGCGAAUCUUAUUUGGUCCCUUAAGCCACUCACUCUUAGGAGUGUUUUUCUUGCCAUGGCACAUAAUUUUCCAAGAACUCUGGAGGCUCUAGUGUUGCAUGCAUUGUCUCCUCUUGGAGCAGAAAUACUAACUCGUAAGCUUGAGGAGAUGGACCACCUUGUUGCCGAGGACGACCGGAACAAUUUCUACCAGAUUUUCUAUGGUGUGUUUGACGACCAAUUUGCUGCGAUGGAUGCUCUUUUAAACAAGAAAGAGUCAUUUGCAUGCCAGGCAUUCAAAUCUGUGCUUGAUCAGUAUUUGGGAGUUAAUUUUGAUGGACCUAAUCCACAAGUGUGAUGAGACUUCAUUCUACCGCUUCAUUCCAAUUUCCAUGCAUUAAAACAUGAAGGGAGAAGAAUAGGAAAACUCGAACAGCCACAGAAGGUUUGGUAAUUACUGGAAUUGGGAAGGGGACAAAAAAAGGGAUAAAAAAGGUAAGACUGUGGGGUUGAGAUUCCCUGAUGAUAGAUGACAUCUACAAGCUUAAUGGAGAAGGCUAAAUAGCUAAAAUAGAUCUUUUGAAUUUAAGCUUCUUUUUCUUUAUGAUAAAAAGAUACAACUUUU